GCUCUGUUGGGGCUGCACCUCGGACCAGGGCCGGAGACGCCUCUGCAGCCAUGUCGGGCCGCUCGGUGCCACAUGCCCACCCGGCCACCACUGAGUACGAAUUUGCCAACCCCAGCCGCCUGGGUGAGCAGCGCUUUGGAGAAGGCCUUCUGCCAGAAGAGAUCCUGGCCCCCACCCUCUACCAUGGCUACUAUGUCCGUCCCCGGGCCACCGCAGCUGGGGAGGGCAGCAGGGCAGGGGCCUCUGAGCUCAGGCUCAGUGAGGGCAAGUUUCAGGCGUUUCUGGAUGUGAGCCACUUCACCCCAGAUGAGGUGACCGUGAGGACUGUGGACAACCUGCUGGAGGUGUCUGCCCGGCACCCCCAGCGCCUAGACCGCCACGGCUUCGUGUCCCGAGAGUUCUGCCGCACCUAUGUCUUGCCUGCUGAUGUGGACCCUUGGCGGGUCCGCGCCGCUCUCUCCCAUGAUGGCAUCCUUAAUCUGGAGGCACCGCGGGGUGGCCGACACUUGGACACAGAGGUCAAUGAGGUCUACAUCUCCCUGCUCCCCGCACCUCCUGAUCCCGAGGAAGAGGAGGAGGCCACUGGAGUUGAGCCCUGAGUGCCGUGGAGCUGGCUUGCGGCGAACCCCUUUCUACCUCCACGGUGAUAUGAGCAGCUGGCCACCACCGCAGAGGUAGCAGCGUCCUUGGGGGAAGGGCAAAGUGCAUGGCCCACAAUGUAUGGUUUGGUCCCUUGAGACAUGUCAUAGCCUUUGGUUUAGUUCUGGGUGGAGGUGAAUAAACCCAAAUCUCAGGGC